GAUGGCGGAUAGCUUGGGUUUUAAGAAACGUUGGAAUAAUAUUCAACAUACAAAAGCAUUAGAAGUUGAAAGAGAGAGAACAAUGAAGAAUUUGGUAAAAAAUUCAAAUAAAAUGCAGAGAAAAUUGAGACAAUUAGAACAGUCAAAGUAUGAAAAAAAGUUAACAAACCUUCAGUUUCAUAAAGCAGCGACAAGUUUUUCCAUGUCUAGACCAAGUUCGGCUGCUAGUGAAUAUGCUUAUAAAUCUUUGGAAAAUUCGGGUAUAAGAAUUCGAAAGUGUUGGGCUGGGGAACCGGAAGCUAUUAAUAGCGUUAGAAGGAAACUAAAAACUCCAGACGAAAGAAAUUUGGAAAAGUUUCUUCAACAGGCCGAAAAAGAUGUUCUUGAGGAAGAGAAAGAAAAGAAGGAAGAGGAAUAUCACAGAUUUAUACCUCCAUACCCAGUUCAUUUUCGAUCGUCCAAAAAGGAACGAGUGCCAAAGUCAACUGCUGAGGUAAAAUCUGAGGAAAUUGAUUUCGGGAAGCAACUUGUAAUAGAAAGACCUAUCAGUGGAUCUUAUCAAACAGCUAAAUAG